UUGACAAUCAUCAUUGAAUUUCCUGUUGUGUCAAAUUGUAUGGGAAACUUGUAGCUCAAUUUGAUUGUUGAUUUUAAGGAAGAAAGUGAAAUAAAUUCAAUUUAUAUAUAUCCAACCUCUAGCUGCUAGCUUGUUAUUCAAAAUGAUGGACUGUGUGGAAGAAACCAACCAUGAUCCCCUGUCAGCUCCGGUGGCUCAGACCCCUGGCUCCGUAGACCCCAAGCUGGAGAAGAAGAAGCCCAAUGAAAAUGUCAGCUUGGCUGACAAUAGCUUGUUGGUAGACAUAUCAGACGCUCUAAGUGAGAAAGAAAAAGUGAAGUUUACGGUGCACACGAAGACCACACUGCCGGAGUUCCAGAAGUCUGAGUUCAUAGUUGUGCGGCAACAUGAGGAGUUUGUGUGGUUACACGAUAGAUAUGAAGAGAACGAGGAGUAUGCGGGGUAUAUUAUCCCACCAGCGCCCCCUAGGCCGGACUUCGACGCAUCUCGCGAGAAGUUGCAACGGCUCGGCGAGGGAGAGGGAGCACUCACUAGAGAGGAGUUCCUCAAGAUGAAGGAGGAAUUGGAAGACGAAUACCUAGCCACCUUCAAGAAGACGGUGGCCAUGCAUGAAGUAUUCCUGCAGCGCCUGGCCGCUCACCCAGUGUUCAGGAACGACUCCCAUCUCCGAGUCUUCCUGGAGUAUGAACAGGAUCUCUGUGCCAAACCAAGAGGGAAGAUGGAUCUGAUUGGCGGAUUGAUGCGUUCAAUGACGACCACAACAGACGAGAUCUACCUCGGCGCCACCGUCAGAGAUGUCAACGAUUUCUUCGAGCAAGAGACCACAUUCCUACAGGAGUACUAUUCUCAUCUUAAGGAAGCUGUUGCCAAGGUCGAUCGGAUGACUACAAAGCAUAAAGAGGUAGCAGACGCCCACAUCAGACUAUCGUCGUGCAUCACUCAGCUAGCGACGAGGGAGCAGCCUCCUACUGAGAGGUUCCUCACCAGGGCUGCUGAGACAUUCGACAAGUGCAGGAAAAUCGAGGGUCGCAUGGCAUCAGACCAGGACCUGAAGCUAGCAGACACUCUCCGCUACUACAUGAGAGACGCACACGCUGCCAAGGCAGUGCUCGUCCGGAGACUCAGAUGUCUAGCUGCUUACGAAGCUGCCAAUAGAAAUCUGGAGAAAGCCAGAGCAAAGAACAAGGACGUUCAUGCUGCGGAGCAAGCUCAAGCGGACGCUUGCGCUAAAUUCGAGCAGCUGUCUGCGCGUGCGCGGGAGGAGCUCAUAGACUUCCGCACUCGACGGGUCGCUGCGUUCAAGAAGAGCCUCCUAGAUCUAGCAGAAUUGGAGAUAAAACAUGCGCGUUCUCAACAGGAACUGUUCAGAAAAUCACUACAAGUGCUCAAGGAAUGCCAGUAAUUAUCUAACUAUGUCAUCUAACUAUUAAUAUUAUAAAUAUCAUAAAACAUUAUAAUUUACAUUUUAUGGCUGAAUGAAAUAAAAUCGCGGG